AUGGGACUGGGAGACACUCAAAGGUCACCAUCCACCACCCGUGCAAGGUCAAGAUCCAAGUCUAGAUCUCCUGUCAGUUAUCGCCGAAAGCGAAGGUCUCGCUCUUUUUCACCUCGUCCCCGUGUCUCAAGAGAUCAUAGAUCCAGAUCACCAUUUAGGUCUCGCAAUUACUCCCGCUAUGAAAGUGAAAGGCGGUCAUAUAGGGAUGUUAGGGAUAGCAGUGAGAAAAGUAGAAGGCAGGAUUCGGAUCGCUUACAUGAUCAUCAUUCUUCUGCUUUGAGGAGAUAUAGGAGUAGGAGCACUAGUCCUCUAACCAGAAAGUCAUAUCGAGAUGAUUCAGAGUCGCCAAAACGUCGCCGAGAAAGUCCAACACAUAGGACUAGGAAAUCUUCUCGUGCAGCUUCAAGAUCUCCAGAGCACCGGAGGGGAAGUAGGUCAUCCCCAAGGAGUGAUGAUGAAAUAAAACCAAAACACAGGAGGAGUUCCAGAUCAAAAUCUGCAGAAGGUAAGCAUCGCUCCAAUGAUAAAGUUGAUGAAAGCAGAGAAAGAAAGUCGAAGCACCGCAGGCGCUCCAGGUCGGCCUCAGCAGAAGAUAAGGGUCACAGACGAAGUAGAUUGUCUGCAAGAGUUUUGGACGAAAGUAAAUCAAAACACAAAAGGCGUUCUAGGUCCAAAUCUCCACAAGAUAAGAAUCAGUCAAGUAAUAAAAAUGACAGAAGUAGAGAAGAGAAAUCAAAGGACCAUGGCAGAAGGCGGUCCAGGUCAAAAUCCUGUGAAAAUAAGCGGCACAAGGGAAGUAGGAUGUCACCAAGACAUUCAGAUGAACACAAACCAAAAUACCGAAGGCGCUCAAGGUCAAAAUCUGCAGAAAAUAAAAAUCACUCGAAUGAUAAUGGAAUAUAUGAAAAUACAAAACAACAUGAUAGAGAACCUGUCAAGUAUGAGGAUUUCGGUGCUGAACUUGAUCUCAAUUUCAAGGAUUCAAUGAAUGUAAAGGAUGAUGGGACACCAGUUUCUCUGUCAUCGACUUACAAGGGCUCCUUGGUUACAAAAAAUGACAAUGGGAAAGUUGUCAACAAUGAGGAUGAUUACAACAAUUCUGGGGGGGAUGACAGUGAUCAUGAGAAAACUGACGCUAUCACGAGUGAACAACUUAGAGCUGAAGGAAUGUGA